AUGCCCCCGGGGGACGAAUACUCAACCGGCGGGGGCGGCAAACUCAAACUCAAAGGCAGCAAAGUGAGCGACGGCCGGGUAGAGAAGAAGAAGGCGAAAAAGGCGAAGAAGAAGGAGAAGGAGGCUACUGGUGCUUCUUCCGGUGGUGAGGUUGUUCCGACAGAGGGGACUACGCCGGAGGAUGGUGGCGAGAAGAGCAGAGAGGAUGAGUAUGGGUCGGAGACGGGGACUGUUGGUGUUGGGAAGACUGAGACGGAGAGGAAAUAUGAGGAGAUUCGGAGGAAGAGGAUGCAAGAACGACUGAGGCGCGAUGGCUUCAAGACGCACAAGGAGCGGGUUGAAGAAUUAAACAAGUAUCUCAGUGGAUUGACUGAACACCAUGAUAUGCCGAAAAUUGGUCCCGGUUGA